AUGCUAUGGACCGCUGAGCUCCAAGCACGGCAGUUCGGCGUGCGCGGGUCAACGGACCCGUUAGACAACGCCCAGCUGCCCCUGCUGGCCACCAUGCAAUUUGACGGCUUCACGAAUCAAGGCGAGAAGGUCUUUAAGCUCGUCAAGUGGCCGAAGGAGUACAAUGAGGACCCCAUGGUCCUGGCGAACGCGCUGAGACUGUCAUUGCAGGCAGUCUCGGGCAACAAACGGCGCCAGCCGGCGGCCAUCAAGCCGAACAGGUGGUGUCAGCUCCUCUCGCCCCCCGCGCAGUCCUGGGCUGGCUUCGAGAUUCAGCUCGCGCAGCUUGUGGAGCAGCUUAUCCUCCGUGCUCGGGAGGCUCUCCCGCAAGACGUGCAGUUGUCGUAG